GGCGCUUGCCUUUUCCAAGCGUUCACUGACUUAGACGCAACAUGAAGAAAAAUAAGUUUCUCGUCAUUGGAGGCGGCAUUGCCGGAGUGACAUGUGCUGAACAGUUAUCUUCAUUGUGCCCUACUGAAGAAGUCGCCCUGAUCACAGCCUCAAAGCUCAUUAAAGCAGUUAAAAACUACCAAAAGGUCUCCCGCACACUGGAACAGUUUGAUGUCGAGGAGCGUCCCAUGAUUGCCAUGGAGACUGACUUUCCCAAUGUCCAGGUGAUCCAUAACAAGCUGACGAACCUUGACACAGACAAACAGGUGGCCAUGUUGGCCGAUGGGGGUGAAAUUCAGUAUGAAAUGGUGUGUAUAUGCACAGGAGCAAGACCUAGGAUGAUUGCUGCCAAUAACCCGUUUGUCCUGGGCAUCCGUGACACAGAGAGUGUUCAGACAUUCCAGAAGCGUCUACAUAACGCUCGGCGUAUCGUGGUGAUUGGUAAUGGGGGUAUUGCGACAGAGUUAGUGUGGGAGGUACAGGGCUGUGAGGUGUUGUGGGCGGUGAAGGAUCGUCACAUCUCCACCACGUUUGUCGACCCUGGGGCUGCUCAGUUCUUUCUACCACACCUUAACAAAGAGAAACCAGACACCUCGCACGAGCCAAUCAAGAGGCACAAGUACGCUGAACAAGCAGGUGAGGGUGAUCCUGUGUCAGCAGAUGGGGGAGCAGCCCUGGGGCCCGACUGGACAGCUGACCUUCAGAUGAGAGGCAUCACAAAGACCGGACAUGCAGUCCAUGUUGACUACGAGGUAGAAGUCAGAUCUGUGAUGUCUCCGGAGGAGUUUCGGAUAUCGGGGAAACCAACCACCCAGCCACCUGGCUUCUCCACUGAGCAGGAUGUGUGGCCAGUGUAUGUGGAACUGACAAGUGGAAGUGUUUAUGGCUGUGAUUUUGUUGUCAGUGCUACAGGAGUGGUACCAAAUGUGCAGCUUUUCCUCCAAAAUAAUUUUACCAUGAGCAAUGAAGGUGGUAUCCAGGUGAAUGACCAGAUGGAAACGAAUGUGCCCGGGGUGUUCGCUGCUGGGGAUGUGUGCACAGCCAGUUGGGACUGGGCACCUCACUGGCACCAGAUGCGUUUAUGGAGUCAGGCGCGGCAGAUGGGGGCAUACGCAGCCCGCUGUAUGGCGGCAAGGGACCAAGGCGAUCAAGUACACUUGGACUUCUGCUUCGAGAUGUUUGCUCACGUAACCAACUUUUUCAACUACAAGGUGAUACUGCUGGGAAAGUUCAAUGGGCAGGGGCUCGGGAAUGACUACGAAAUACUGCUCAGGGUCACCAAGGGUGUAGAAUAUGUAAAGGUGGUGUUGCAUGACAACCGAAUGGCUGGGGCGCUGCUCGUGGGCGAUACAGACUUAGAGGAGACAUUUGAGAACCUCAUUCUCAACCAGACUGACCUUUCACCCUUCAAGGACCAUCUGCUAGACCCAGACAUAGACAUAGAUGACUUCUUUGACUGACCCCUCCUGACCUCCAUCAUCAUUGGUUGCUCAACUGCAGAAUGGCGGGAUGGUAACAUUAGUAGCAACUCUGCAAUGCUGAUUGUAGCACAAUGUUAGUAGUGUCUCUGUCUAGCAGAAUGUAGCACAAUGUAAGUUGUGUCUGGCUUGCAGAAUGUACCACAAUGACAGUGGUAUCUCUGCCUCAUUGAACAUACCACAAUGUAAGUGGUAUCUCUGCCUCGCAGAACAUAGCACAAUGUUAAUGGUGUCCCUGCCUGAUGGAGCCUACCACAAUGUGAGUGGUAUAUCUGCCUCAUUAUCACAAUGUUAGUGGUAUCUCUGCCUCAUUAUCACAAUGUUAGUGGUAUCUCUGCCUCAUUAUCACAAUGUUAGUGGUAUCUCUGCCUCAUUAUCACAAUGUGAGUGGUAUCUCUGCCUCAUUAUCACAAUGUGAGUGGUAUCUCUGCCUCAUUAUCACAAUGUGAGUGGUAUCUCUGCCUCAUUAUCACAAUGUGAGUGGUAUCUCUGCCUCAUUAUCACAAUGUGAGUGGUAUCUCUGCCUCAUUAUCACAAUGUGAGUGGUAUCUCUGCCUCAUUAUCACAAUGUGAGUGGUAUCUCUGCCUCAUUAUCACAAUGUUAGUGGUAUCUCUGCCUCAUUAUCACAAUGUGAGUGGUGUCCCUGUGUCAUUAUCACAAUGUGAGUGAUAUCUCUGCCUCAUUAUCACAAUGUUAGUGAUAUCUCUGCCUCAUUAUCACAAUGUGAGUGGUAUCUCUGCCUCAUUAUCACAAUGUUAGUGGUAUCUCUGCCUCAUUAUCACAAUGUGAGUGGUGUCCCUGUGUCAUUAUCACAAUGUGAGUGGUAUCUCUGCCUCAUUAUCACAAUGUUAGUGGUAUCUCUGCCUCAUUAUCACAAUGUUAGUGGUAUCUCUGCCUCAUUAUCAAAAUGUUAGUGGUAUCUCUGCAUCAUUAUCACAGUGUUAGUGGUAUCUCUCCCUCGUGGCACAUAGCACAAUGCUAGUGGUGUCCCUGCCUCUCUGAACGUAAUACAAUGUAAGUGGUGUCCCUGCCUCCCUAAUUGUAGCACAAUGCUAGUGCUAUCUAUGCAACUCUGAUGGUCAAACCAUGAGGCCGUUGACUUCCCCUCCAAAUUUUAUCUUGCUAAGCUGCGGCAGCAGCAGGCUGGAACUGUUAAUAGCAUUGUUGCAGAAAUGUUUUCGUCCUUAUUAUUGUUAUUAUUUAGAUCAUUCGAUCACAUUGUUAUUUUUUUGUAUGGUCUCACUUUUUUGUGUGAAACGAUGCAUUAUAUUUAUAGUUGUUGCUUUAUUUUGUUAUUUUUAUUUUCAAAACAUAAGCUCUUUAUUCUGAGUUUUGUUGAACUAUAUUUGAAGAUAAGAUCUAAGACAAGUGUAAGAUUAUGCUGUUUGACAAAAUACAAUUUUGACCACUAAGCUGGUUAAAGGUUUUCUAGUACAUCCCGUAAUUUUGGAUAUUCCACUGUAACAGAUAUUGGAAUACAAUUUUGAUCUAUUACAAGUAAAUUAAAAACAAAGUCAUA